AUGGCUACAAAUAAAAACCCUCCCGCCAACGGCGCAGUCUCCGACGAAGAGACCCCUCUCCUCCGCGACGAGACCCUCCCAGCGACGAUUACGGCCCCUUCGGAAGAGACAACAGAGGAAACUGUACUCGCACAAGAGGUAUCGAACAAACGCUUGGUCUUGGUUCUUGGAAGCAUCUACGUUGGUGUCUUUCUGGGUGCGCUUGACGGUACUAUAAUUGCCACUCUUUCGGCACCAAUCUCGACGUCUUUCAACAGCCUUUCCCUUCUAUCAUGGCUUGCUUCUGCAUAUUUGAUCGCAAAUGCAGCUUGCCAGCCACUGUCUGGGCGCCUGACGGAUAUUUUCAGUAGGAGAACGGGACUGGUGGUUAGCAAUAUUCUGUUUGCAAUUGGUAACUUGAUAUGUGGAUUGGCGUCGAACGAGUGGAUGAUGAUCGGUGGUAGAGUGGUUGCCGGAAUGGGAGGUGGGGGUCUGAUGGCUAUUUCUACGUUUGUGGGCAGUGAUCUGGUUCCGCUGAGAAAGAGAGGCAUCGUACAGGGAAUUGGAAACAUCUGCUUCGGCACUGGAGCUGGGCUGGGAGGUAUCUUUGGAGGAUGGAUCAACGAUGUCUGGGGCUGGAGGAAUGCCUUUUUGAUCCAGGUUCCUUUCGUUGUGGUUUCUGGAAUUUUGGUAUUCUUCACGGUCAAUAUCCCGCCAAAGAAGUCGGACAAGUCAACGCUUUCACGAAUUGAUUUCCUCGGCGCAGGGACCUUGGUCAUUACGCUUGUCUUGCUCCUGCUCGGUUUGAACUCUGGGGGAAAUAUAGUACCGUGGACACAUCCAUUGGUCUAUGUCUCGCUAAUUCUAUCUUUGCUGUCCUUAGCCGCCUUCAUCUACAUCGAAGCUCGUGUGGCAACUGAACCAGUAAUUCCAGUCAAGCUUCUCCUCAACCGUACAGUAGCGGCUGCAUGUCUCACCAAUUGGUUUGCGACAAUGGUGUUGUACAUAGGGCUGUUCUAUGUCCCUAUUUUUUUCCAAGCCAAGGGUCUCAGCACCACCGCAGCCGGUGCACGACUCAUUCCACAAUCGGUUGGAGCUUCCUUCGGAUCGCUGUCUUCUGGUUUGAUUAUGAAUCGGACUGGAAAGUACAAGAUCUUGUCUCUUGCCAUCAUGAGCACCUUCGUCCUGGGCAUCGGGCUGCUCAGUACUUUGAACUUCAGUACUUCAAACUGGCCGCCAGUCAUCUACCUCUUCCUUGCUGGCGCUGGAUACGGAGGCAUGCUUACAGUCACUCUUCUCGCCGUUAUAGCGGCAGUCUCACACGAUCACCAAGCCGUUAUCACCUCUGCAACGUACGCCUUCCGCAGCACCGGCUCCACCAUCGGCGUCACCAUCGGAAGCGCGGUGUACCAGAAUCUUCUGCUUAAAGGUCUUCACGACCGUUUUGACGGCCAGAAAGGUGCUGAAGGAGAGAUCAGGAGGAUCAGGGAUAGCUUUGAUGAGUUGAAGCAUUUGCCUGCUGGCUGGAAAGAAGGUGUUAUGGCGAGUUAUGAGAACAGUUUGAGGGGUGUGUUUCUUACUGGUCUUGGGAUUGCGGUGCUGAGUUUGCCACACGGCGGUUACAACUUUACGACUUUACCGCCUGGAUCAAAUCCGACUUAUCGACCCCGCUCUUGGAGUCUUUCUCCAGAACUGAGCAACUAUCAAACCUAUUGUCCUUUGGACGAGGUAACGCUAUCUAAGAUAUUUCUUGGGUUUAUCGAGAAUGAGUUCAGUGAAAGAUACGCCGAAACGUCCCUUAAGGCUGCUUGCUUUAGCUCCAACUUUUUCGACCCUAUCGUAAUUAACAAUCAGCUGUAUGUUAAUGGAGCGCUCGGUUAUAAUAAUCCUAUUAGGCCCUUGUUGGAUGAAGCAUCACGCAUUUGGGGUGAUAAGCGUCCUAUUGGGGUCAUAUUGAGCAUUGGAACCGGCGUACCGCGGUUGGGGAGCGUCGGAGAAGGUGCUACACUUGCUAAGACACUGAAAGAAAUGGCAACUGACACGCAGACUGUGGCAAAUGAAUUCAGGAACGAGAUAAUAAGCAAGUAUGGGCCCGAUCAGCAAAUCUAUUUUCGUUUUAAUGUAGAACGGGGGCUUGAGGAAUUAGGUUUAGAGCACUGUCAACCUCGACAUCAAGCCCAGAUUCGAACUGCAACGAACUUAUACUUGGAGGAAAUCGCAGAUCAGAUAGAGAUCUGCGCGCGCCGUAUCUGCUGUCCAACAGGUGAGCAAGAUUACGGUGAGUUGGAAGGUAUGCUAAGAGACGCAGACCCCACAAAGCCAAUUGAAUACGUAUCUACACUACCGACAUACCUUGGACAUGACCCAGACUUCCAAGGGCGAGACGAGAUUCUAGACCAAAUGCGGCAGACCUUGGAAACUCAGCCUAGAGUCGCUCUUCAAGGACUUGGCGGUGUUGGCAAAACGAAGAUUGCGGUUGAAUAUGCCCUUAAGUAUCACGCGCUAAGUGACCUUCUGUGGGUCUAUGCAGGAAGCGUUGCCAACUUUGAGGAAUCGUACGUUGCAAUCGCGAAAGGGCUCGAAUUUGAAGGUUGGGACGAUUCAACAACAAAUGUUCGCGAGAUUGUACAGAAGCAUUUGGCCAAGAAAUCCGCCCGCCAACGGUUGAUGAUUGUGGACAAUGCCGACGAUUUCUCUAUGUUUUUCCCUUCCUCCAUCGAUGGCUCGUUAGCGCCGAAUGACCAGAGCAACCUCGCAAACUCUUUGCCUCCGCCAGACGUUAUGGGUGGAAGAAUAAUAAUCACUACUAGGGACAAGAGACUUGGGCUUCAAUUGACUAGCUCUCUACCAAUCCCAGUACAAUCUCUUCCUCCGACAGAAGCUAAAGUCUUGCUCUCGGCCAAAAUCUUGGACCAAAAUAAAUGGGAUGACAAGGAGGCUGAAAGGUUGAUCACGAAACUUGAUUGCCACCCGCUUGCAAUCACUCAAGCUGCAGCAUUCAUCAACCAAUUCGAUGAUAUUACUCUCAUCGAUUAUCUCAAAACCCUCGAGCAAGACAUCCACACUAUGACGGAAACUUUGAGUGAAGACCUUUACGAUGCCAGAAGAGCGCCAGGCACACCAAACGCAAUUUUCAAGACUUGGCAGGUCUCUUAUUCGCUUCUGAGACGCGGCCAUCCCGAAGCGGCGGAUUUGUUGUGUCUGAUGGCUACUCUAGACUGCUCAUCCAUUCUAGCAAGAAUAUUAAGAAUGCAAGACGACAUCACUCUAAGAGAUAGGAGGAAAGUCCAGACUCUGCUUGAUUUUUCCUUGAUUCGAGGUUCCCUUGCUGACGGUGUUUUCUCAAUGCAUCGGCUUGUACAGUUAUCGACCCGAACUUGGAUGGCUUCUAUUGCGACUAUCGCACACUGGCAAGCCGAGGCUAUCAGUAACCUGUGCAGAGUCUUUCCUAGUGGGUAUAUGGUCCAGAAUGAUCGAGGGGUUAGAGAAUUUGCUGCAGAACUUCUUCCUCAAGCUAACUAUCUUUCUGCCUAUACUCGUGGACAUGGAAUGAACACUGUAAAGCUGCUACACGACCUAGCAUGUUGUGAAGACGACCUUGGUAAAACAGCAGCAGCAUUAGGUCAUGUUAUGCUGUGUUUAGACAUUGAACGAACAGAAUGCUUGUGGAGCCUGGAGACUGCUCACCGUGAGAAUUUCGGUGCGAGUCUUUGGAUGAAAUUAGGCGAUGUCGAACAAGCCAAGAAGCUGAAUCUUGCUGCGUUUAUGAGGUUCGAAAAGUCUGAAAAUCACAACUCUGCGUGGAUUGCUUCUGUGGAAGCCUACGCGGCUAUCCUAUGCGAACAGAACCUAUAUCCAAAGGCGGCAUCGGUCUUUUACCUUGCAUUAGAUGCCUCGAUACGCAUACAUGGCGAGCGACAAAUCCAAACUCUUGCGUGCGCGCGAAACAUUGCAACCUGCUUUACUAAGGUGAAUUUACUUUGCGAGGCAGAACAGGUCCACCGCGAACUAGUAGAACACUCUGUCGCUAUAAACGGGCGCGAAAACUGUCAUACUUUAGAAUUCGAAAGUUCCCUCAGCAUGACUCUCAUGGCUCAGAAAAAGUAUACAGAAGCCGAAAAGAUAGCCCGCACUGUUUUCUCUGUGAGCCAACGUGUUAUAGGACAGGAUCACCCCCCCACACUUUGUUUUCAAGGACGACUGGCAGACAUUCUGUGCAGACAGGGACGAGUUGAGGAAUCGGUUCGUUCAUCUCGCGAACUCUUAGAGGUUAGUGAACGUGUUUUGGGCUAUGACCAUAGAGAUACAAUGAAAUAUAGGUGUGGUUUGGCCGACUCAGUCCGCUGUAUUCCAGAAGGUGUCCCAGAAGCUACAGCAUUGUAUGGAGAGGUGGGCAUGUAUUAUGGGUACACUCUCGGUCGUACUCAUCCUACUGCACUGCAUAUCCUGCAGAAAUUUGCGACUGGCUUAUACAAGCAGCACAAAGUGGAAUGCUUGGAUGCUCAGAUAGAUCUAGCAGAUCGAUUCCUUGAAAGGGAUGGCGAGACUCAAGGCUUUCUGCGGUGUCGAGAUGAUUAUAAAAUAUGGAGAGAGGACCUUAGAAAAAGGGGAGUGGACCUGGGAAAGCAUAGUCUCCCAACAGAAGCGGACAAGAAGGCAUUGGAGGAAUGCCAGUCAAAGAUCUCAGAGAUAUCUGAAGAUACAUGA